UCGGCGUUGCACUGUGACUGCGGGAACAGUCGUCUGACAUUUGGCAACACUGUCAUCAACAUCGACGUGUCGUGUUCGUCGUCGAAAAGUAAAAGUUUUCUUUCUCUGGGCAAAUUUCGCAUGUUUACUGUUUGCUGCAAGGUCUGAAAUCAAAAACAAAACUACAAAGCUGCCACACACUUACAUACAUAUACACACAGAGAAGACGCCAAGAUGGUUUUAGCAGAUUUGGGUAGAAAAAUAACCACAGCCCUGCACUCGCUUAGCAAGGCAACGGUUAUCAACGAGGAGGCUCUAAAUGCCAUGCUGAAGGAGAUUUGCGCGGCCCUGCUGGAGGCUGAUGUAAACAUCCGAUUGGUGAAGCAACUGAGAGAGAAUGUGCGAGCUGUCAUAGAUUUCGAUGAGAUGGCUGGAGGCUUGAACAAACGUCGCAUGAUCCAAUCAGCUGUGUUUAAGGAGCUGAUCAAAUUGGUGGACCCAGGUGUGAAACCCUAUCAGCCCGUCAAAGGCAAGGCAAAUGUUAUUAUGUUUGUCGGCCUGCAGGGAUCGGGCAAGACAACUACAUGCACAAAGCUAGCCUAUCACUACCAAAAGCGCAACUGGAAAUCAUGUCUGGUAUGCGCUGAUACCUUCCGUGCCGGCGCCUAUGAUCAAAUUAAGCAGAAUGCGACCAAGGCCCGCAUUCCUUUCUAUGGCAGCUACACAGAAAUCGAUCCCGUUGUCAUUGCUCAAGAAGGCGUGGAUAUGUUUAAGCGUGAGGGAUUCGAAAUGAUCAUUGUCGACACAUCGGGUAGGCACAAGCAGGAGGAAUCCCUGUUCGAGGAGAUGUUGGCAGUAGCGAAUGCUGUCAGUCCAGACAAUAUCAUUUUCGUGAUGGAUGCCACAAUUGGACAGGCUUGUGAGGCACAGGCCAAGGCCUUUAAGGAUAAAGUUGAUAUCGGUUCAGUUAUUAUUACCAAGUUGGAUGGUCAUGCUAAGGGCGGUGGUGCCCUGUCUGCUGUGGCCGCUACCCAAUCGCCAAUUAUAUUUAUUGGUACCGGCGAGCAUAUUGAUGAUUUGGAACCCUUCAAGACAAAACCAUUCGUGAGCAAACUCCUUGGCAUGGGCGACAUUGAGGGACUGAUAGAUAAGGUCAAUGAACUGAAACUGGAUGGCAAUGAGGAGCUGCUGGAAAAGAUAAAGCACGGCCACUUCACAAUACGCGACAUGUACGAACAGUUCCAGAACAUAAUGAAAAUGGGUCCCUUCUCGCAGAUCAUGAACAUGAUACCGGGCUUCUCACAGGAUUUUAUGACCAAGGGCUGUGAACAGGAGUCAAUGGCUCGCAUGAAGCGCAUGAUGACCAUGAUGGACAGUAUGUCUGAUAGUGAACUGGAUAACCGGGAUGGCGCUAAGCUCUUCAGCAAGCAGCCCACUCGCUGUGUUCGCGUAGCCCAAGGCUCUGGUGUCAUUGAACGCGAGGUCAAGGAACUUAUUGCCCAUUACACAAAGUUUGCAGCUGUCGUCAAGAAAAUGGGUGGCGUUAAAGGACUCUUCAAACAGGGCGAUAUGACCAAGAAUGUAAAUCCCACACAGAUGGCCAAGCUGAAUCAGCAGAUGGCAAAAAUGAUUGAUCCACGCAUGCUGCAGCAAAUGGGCGGCGUUGGUGGCCUACAGAAUAUGAUGCGACAAUUGCAACAGGGAGCGGCCGGAGGUUUGGGUGGUCUGGGGAAUCUGAUGGGUGGUUUUAGUGGCAAGUGAGCCAAGUAGCAGGUAUCCUGAGUUGGUUCGUAUUUUUUAUGUUUCUUAGUAAUAAUAAAUUUUUUCUGUUUGUGACAUAUUUUUUUCCGGUGAGCGCGUCAAUUUUCCCUCUACCCGAAAAUUUAAGUAAGCAGAGAAUUCCAAAAUCGGUGUAUCAAUAAAAAUAUAUAGUUAACACUGCGAUAGGGCUUUUUUUAUAAUCAUAUAAUAAUGAUGAAUAUAUUAUUGCUUAAACAAUUGAAAUUUUGUGCAUUACCUAUAAGAGGGCGAAAUUGAAAUAAAACGAAAAGAAUUCAAAUGCAUUUUACUAA